AUGGUCCGGACAUUCGGCGUCCUGGAGAAAGAUGUUGCUAAAUGGGUCGGCGUUCUCUCCGCUAUAUUCGCCAUCUCCCAAUGUAUCACUGCAGUUCCCUGGGGAAACCUAUCUGACAGAAUUGGCCGCAAACCCGUAAUAUUGACAUGUCUCAGCAUCACCAUGUUGUUUACCCUCAUGUUUGGGGUUUCUACGUCCUUGCCUAUGGCUAUAUUAGCGCGCGCUUGCCUUGGGUUGGGCAACGGAAACGUGGGAAUCAUUAGAACAGUUGUGGCAGAACUCGUACCCGAACGCGAACUUCAGCCUCGAGCCUUCAGUUUGAUGCCAUUGGUAUGGACGGUUGGAAGCAUUUUCGGGCCUGCAUUCGGUGGUGCCCUGGUAAAUCCAGUGGAAAAAUACCCAGAACUCUUUGGAAACAGCCGCUUCUUCAAGUCAUACCCGUUUGCCCUGCCAAAUAUCCUUUCGGGCAUUUUCUUUAUUGUUGGAAUUGUCACCGGAUUCUUAUUUUUGAGGGAAACCCUGGAAUCCAAAAAGAAUAAGCGUGACUCCGGCCUUAUUCUCGGCGACAUGCUGACGAACAUGUGUUGCGGAUGCGGGAGAAAACCAAUAAAGCAUCUUCGACAUGACGAUGACGAGUCAACUCCUCUCCUUCGUGAAAGCCGAACCCCAGCAGAGUCCACCGAUAAGGAACGGAAAAAGUCAAAUGUUCCUAUUAAGUGGACGGAAGUUUUAACGUUCCAGUCCGUCCUUGUCCUUAUGAUAUAUGCAUUUUUGGGACUUCACAGCGUUGCUUUCGACUCUGUGCUGCCGGUGUUUUUGAAUCAUCCUACGCAAAAUUUAGAGAAUAACCCUGAUGUUAACCUCCCCUUCAAGUUUACCUCGGGUUUUGGCAUAGAUUCACAAGCAAUUGGCAUACUCUUUACACUCAAUGGUAUAGUAGGGAUGAUUGUUCAAUUUUUCAUCUUCCCUCCAACCGCCAAACGAUUUGGCGUGCUACCAUGCUUUAAAGUGGCUGCUUUCAUAUUUCCCGUUCUAUACUUCCUCACGCCAUUCCUCGCUCUCUUCCCAACGGAUAGGUCUCGCCAGUUCGCCACGAUAAUCCUAAUGGCAGUCAAACUCAGUGCCGUGGUCUUUGCGUUCCCAUCCUCAAUCAUCUUACUUACAAAUUCAGCACCAAGUGUACGCGUUCUCGGAACCCUAAACGGGGUCGCAACUAGCGUUUCCGCUAUAGGUAGGGCUGUCGGUCCCGCUGCUUUAGGCGGAAUUUUCUCCAUUGGCGUUAGAGCAGGAUAUAUGAUCAUACCAUGGUGGACACUGGCAGUUAUUGCAGUUAUUAGUGCUCUCCCUGCCUUCUGGAUUGUCGAAACCGAUGGUUUCGCUGGCCACGACGAAGACAAAGAUAACGAGAGCGCCGGCGGUGUGAUGGUUGGUGACGCUGAGCAGGACAGCCCGCCUCUUCUUGAGGUAGGAAAUAUACGACCAGAGAACACAGCGGCCCCAAUUGAAGCCAGCGAAUCAAACGGUAAGACUACAAACGAUAGGUCCGUGCCUCCAACCGCUUAA